AUGGGUGUGAAUCACUUGAGUUACUGCAUUAAGUUGUUGAAUGAUGACUGUAUCUGUGAUGCCAAUUACGCGUUUACAUUCGUUGACAUAGGCGCCUAUGGUCGACGUAGCGACGGUGGCAUAUUUAAAGACUCUCUAAUGGGUCAAAAAUUCAACGAAAAAACAAUGAAUGGGCCUGCACCGGAGCGGCUAACUGUUGAUGGAAUGCCUUUGCCAUAUGUUCUUGUAGGUGAUGAAGCAUUUCAAUUAACAGAUUAUUUGCUCCGACCAUUUCCUGGAAAAGAAGGUCUUGAUGAAGCUAAAAGCAUUUACAAUUAUCGUCUUAGCCGUGCUCGAAGAGUAGUAGAAAAUUCCUUCGGAAUAUUAGUUACGCAGUGGAGACUUCUGAAGAAACCCAUUGAAGCUACCGUAGAAAACACAAUACAAAUGGUCCAAGCCAUCAUAUGUCUCCACAAUUGGCUUUGGAAGCGUGAUCGUGAAGAAUACAUUCCGCCAAAUAUGGUCGACCAAGACAGUUGCAAUGGUUUCAUUCCUGGACUAUGGAGACAAGAAAUAAAUAAUUCAGCCUUCCAAGACGUUAGAGUGCAUGGUAAUCAUAACAGUAGUCGUGCUGCCAUUGGCAUUAGAGAAGAAUUUUGUGAAUUUUUCAAUGUAGAAAGUGCUGUUCAUUGGCAGUAUAAUCGCGACGAAUAA